AUGGCCUUCGCCAUCCAGGGCACUUUUAUCCUCGUGGCCCCCGCUCUCUUCGCCGCCUCUAUCUACAUGAUUCUUGGACGCCUCAUUCGCACCUGCCGUGCCGAGCACCUCUCGCUCAUUCCGUCCAAGCCAGCGGCGCCGGCCUCUCUGCUGCCGGGACUACGACCUCUUCAGCUCGGCGAGAAAGUUAUCAUUGGCGGUCUAUUCGUCCAGAUCGUCGUUUUUGGCUUCUUCGUCUGCACAUCGGUGCUGUUCAUACCGUCUGACGAGAGCCCCACGCUGUCUCGAUCGAGGUCGUCUGCCGUGAGAGCACUGUACGUGCUGUACGGAACCAGCGCCAUCAUCCUCGUGCGUAGCAUCUUCCGUGUCAUCGAGUACAUCCAGGGUAACGACGGAUACCUCAUCACCCACGAGGUCUACCUUUACAUAUUUGACGCGCUGCUGAUGGCCGCCGUUAUGGCCAUCUUCAUUGUGUGGUACGUUGGAGAUCUCGAAUCGAAAAAGAAGCGCAAGGGGGCCAACAUGGAUUCCUUGCACUCGAGUGACGGAAUCGUGGAGAUGGGCAGCAGGGGUGCGUAA